CGACUCAAACCCUAAUUUGGCUCGAGCGAGGGUCUUGCCAGCAUCCCGGUAAGAAAAAGGACCGCCCAGACGCGCUCAGGGUGUUGUGAAGAUUUCUGCACACUUCUUCCAGAAAAUCCAGGUCUGAGUCACCCUGUCGGCCAUGACGGAGUACAAGUUGGUGGUAGUGGGAGACGGAGGUGUGGGGAAGAGUGCCCUCACCAUACAGCUCAUACAGAACCACUUCGUACAGGAGUACGACCCUACUAUAGAGGACUCCUACAGAAAGCAGGUGGUGAUCGAUGGGGAGACGUGUUUGUUGGACAUCUUAGACACAGCAGGGCAGGAGGAGUACAGUGCCAUGAGAGACCAGUACAUGAGAACAGGGGAGGGAUUUCUGUGUGUCUUCGCUAUCAACAACGACAAAUCCUUUGAGGACAUCGCCAUGUACAGGGAACAGAUCAAGAGAGUAAAGGACUCAGACGAGGUUCCUAUCGUACUGGUGGGGAAUAAGUGUGACCUCCCAGCACGCACCGUGGAAAACAAACAGGCCUUCGCUCUGGCCAAGAGCUACGGAGUUCCCUACGUAGAGACGUCUGCAAAGACAAGAAUGGGAGUGGACGAUGCGUUCUACACACUUGUGCGAGAAAUCAGGGCCUACAAGGAGAGACAAGGCAAAGCCGGCAAGAAGAAGAAGAAGAAUUUCAAGAGCCGAUGCACCAUAUUGUAACUGUUCUCUGCCUGUCAUCAUUCCACAAUUGUUUCACAGCACCACCAAAGGCUGUUCUGGGAAAGAAAACAAAGUAGGGAGGCAAGACCACAGUUUUAAAUUAUCCAUCAUGUUCUGUAGACUAUAGUCAAAACUCAAAACGACCACUGAGGGACCGAGAAAAUCUGGUCUAUGUGGACAGGUGGUCACUUAAUUCUUAAAGGUUGUUUCAAUGGGAAAAAUGAUCUGAGGGCUGACCAAAAAGUGGCCACAUUGGCCAGGUGGUCCUUUUGCAGAGGUGGUCACUUGUAUGGGUUUGACUGUUAUUUUUAAUUUCUUUGUAUAAUAAUUGGUGUAGGGAGAAGUCACCUUUUAGGAUUUUAAUUAGAAUCUUGCCAGCCUUCUAUUUCUAUCCCGGACAGCCUGAAAAUGUCUACAAAUUAUUGAUUGAUUUACGUCUACCAUAAUGGUUAAGAUGACGGCCAUUCCAUGUGUAAUUCAGCAUUCUAGUAGGCCCCGGGUGAAUUUCAGUCUAACCUGUACCCCUCACGUGCUACUACAACGUACUACUGCCCCCCUCCCCCUUCAUUUUCAACAUGCAAUUAACUGUUAGCAGCUAAUAUUAAUCAUAAAAAAGUAACAGUAAUUAUUUCGGAACAGAUUUUAGUGUGAUCCAAUUGCUUCCUAAAUUGUGAGUGUUGCAGGUAAAAUUUGACUGGUGCAGAUAACUUUCAAUGUUACCUGCACAGCCAAUUUUUCAUUCCACCUUGCUUUACUUGACUCAUGAUGAUUCGAAAAAAAAAUUGACGGGGCCUUUAGUAAACACCCAGUCCUUGGAACAAGUCAUUUUUCUUCCAGCCACCUUUAACUAAAGUUUAAGGCUUAACUGCAUACACAACGUUGUGGUGUGUCAGGGAUAUGUUAUUGAAAGGGUAACAAACUUUUCUUUUGUGUUCAUAAAAGUAUGUAUCACUGAUAUCACAUGUUGAUUUACAAUUUUAGCACAACCGAUGUCAUGGAAAGACCACAUGUGUUGUCAUCAUUGUCUUUUCGGGAAUGUAUUCCACACAUGGUCGUUGUACAUAUCGAAAACACACAAUGCUGGUUACUGCAGGUUUCACAAAGAUGUUCUGAGUCUCUUUCACCACUCUUCCCUAAGGCUACACCGAUUUAAUUUUAUGGAUGACAUCCGCGCGCGCAUUGAUUUUCGCCUGAUCUCAAAAAAAAAAAAAGAUCACGUCUUCCGAGGCGUCUGGCAGUCCAUGGUGAUUAGCGACAACGAAGCCUGCGGUAACUCUGGAAGACGGCACCCAGGCUACCGAAGGUCCACAACAUACGUACAGUGUCGUUCAUAAAUUCCGCAAAAAGCCAGCAUGUGCGUCGUAUACGUCACUAUGUAAUGCGUCAAAUUCACAAUUCCAGCUUUGUUUUCCUGUGGUUUAGUAGCAUUUUUAUUUUUGGCCUGAUUUUUCUUUUUUUUGCCCGCGCGCACUAGUUUGGGGGUCUUCAGAGGAUGUCAUCCAUAAAAUUAAGUCUGUGUGGCCUAAUAGAAGCAACUAGAAGUAGGGACAUCCAUACAUGUAACUCUCUGCAUGUAAGGCUUAGCUUUGUGGUGAUACAAGAAAAGGACAAUUCCUACCUGCUGUAGCAAAUCUUUUGGAGUCAAGUACAUGUUUUCAAAAGAAAGCAGCAGCUUUUUAUUCUUCGUCACAAGUCCUGCAUUGCCUUUUGGGUCACCCCAUCAGAACAGUGUCGACAUGUACAAUUACUAUAUUGUAACGAAUAUUUGCAUUAUAAGGGCGACUCUACAAUUUUGAGCCACAUGUUUUAUUAUGUAUUAAAUUAUCAUGCAAUAUGUAGAUGUCAGGGAUGACGUGAAGCUCUGAGAGGUAUGAUUGCUUUAAAACUUGGGGAAAUGUCCUUCCUCACUGUAUUACCCACUGUUGUUCGUUGGGCUAAGCACGUUGGCAGAACGUACUGCACCUGCACAAUACCUGUAAUACACAAAAUGUAUUGUGCAUAGCACUCGGUCAGAACGUAUCAUUUAAGGUCAUAUCUGCAUAUAUAAGAAUGACAUCGUGUUUAUAGUUUUCAAAUGUAUCGGAAAAGGUAUCCUCUGCAUUACAUGUCACUAGGUAAAAUUCUGAUGCAACGUUAACCAAAUUAUAAUCCAAAGAAUACUGUGAAAAAAUGGGUUUUGUGCAGGUGCAGUACGUUUUACCAUUGACAGAAAAGGUAAUAUGGAAGAAUGCUGUUAGAAAUUGUUUUUCCAGAUUCCUUGUAAGUUGUUUCCAUACCAGUUGUUUGUGCAACACUGCCAGGCAUACAUGUAUGACAUACUUGAUAUUGUCACCACUCCAAGUGUGGUAGGACUGAUGACAUAACCUGUCAUCUUUCAAAGUGUAAAAAUUCAUGUUUUCACAAGUGUUCUAGCCAGCCAGUUUUUUUUUUCAUCAUCUCAAUUUUGUCAAUCGUGAGGAGCAAAAUUCUGUCAAAUGACAGAAAGAUGAACACUGGCUGGAAAACUGGGUUUCAUUCAAAUGCUGCUGUGACAAGUCUGCAAUGUCCAAACCAUUGUCUCUACACAUGAACACAUCACAUUCAGACUAGUAGCAAUAAUUAGGUGUGCUUGUGUGAAAACACUGUAAGUAGUUGUCACUGGUGUACAUUGGUCUACAUGUGAGCAAGGUUGAAACUUGUACAUAAUAUCACGUGUAGUGGGUUCAACAUGGUCUCGUGAUCUAUGAAAAAUGCACGUGAUCCUCGUGAAAAGUGCAAAAUGUGAUGUUUUUAACUUAAAGUCAUGACAGUCAACAAUGUGAUACAAGCCUGUCCUAAUAGAUGAAAUUACUAAAUUUGCACAAUCAUGAAAUGAAGUAUGAAAUAGUAACGAUAGACAAAAUUCAUCAUUUUUAAAGUUCUUGGCAGAUAAAAAAAAAGAUGUUAACGUGGAAGGUAUGUAGAGAAAAAAAGCAAAACAUUGAAAUUGUCUGGGUGGAUUUUUGCUUUUAACUUUGCACAGUCAAAUAUACAUGAAUGGGUUUGGGAUGUAGUUUGGGGUUAGUAAUGUAACAUGAACUGUACCCGUGUUGUACGAACUUGAGCCACAAAAAAUGUAAGUUAUUGUCUCUUUAGCUACAUGUACAAAAUGUAUACGGCUCUACAACCAACAAUAUGUGCAGGGUACAUGUUAUUGUGUGUGAUUACAAAUCUACAUGUGUAUGUCUUGGAAGGUGGCUGUUUCUGACUACAUCUAGUCUUGUUAAUGUCUUUUGGGGCCCAGUCAGGACUGGAAAUGUGUAUUCUCCACCAGACACCACCAUCACAGGUUCAAAAAAAAUGGGUAAAAUUUAGCCAAAUAGGGAGAAUAAGUAGCCAAGAGAGUUCAUUUGCCUACACAGUUAGGGGGAUAUUAACCUUCCCACAGACUGACUGUCUGGGCCAAUUAUUCUUCCCUUUUUGACAAAUUCUACAAUCCAUACCCCUGUAGGAAGGCCUGGUGGAGGCUAGAAAAGGGUAGAAGCAUCAAGAAAUACUAGUACUCCCGUGGUGCGUUUUUCUGGUGAAAAAUGCACAUGCUGACAGCACCCCACUUGUCCCCAGCUAUACUAGCCCUAGGACCUUUCUAUUGUGUGCCAUUUAAAAUGUGUACUAGUAGUACAACGUCUGCUGUAUAUAUAGCCUGCAUUGUCAAUACUACUGUGUAAGGAAUGUCAUGUACAUGUCGGCCCAUGCUCUACACAUAAGAGUUUCCUCCUGUAUGUAAAAAUUGAAAAUCACAUGAUGAGAACAUCGUUGUAACUAGACUUGGUGAUGGU